AUGACUUCAACCGCCACCCUAAAACUCCAAGCUAUUCCAAUCGACAAGGAAAUCGAAAACUUAAUUAGAGCUUCCGAAAACAUCUCCGUGGGCACUGUUCCUGGAGACAACCAGCAUUUUGGUCCAGACCCAGAUGGAUUGACCAUUUUGCCUGACUCCACCAGGAAGCGUUUGGUCGAUGCAGGCAUCGAUAUUUCCAAAGGUUAUCCUUCCAGACCAGACAAGUCGCUUAUUCCUGUUUACCUUGAUGAAGCUACCGCGAUCCGGGACGACGACUACGAGUACAUUGAGCGUGCCAAGAAUGCUGACCCUGAGAAAAAAGCCCUUUUGGGUGCUGCGAAGGAGGUCAUUCAUUUGACUAACCAUAUCGGUACUGAGAUCGUUGGUUUACAGCUUGAGGACCUGACUGACCAACAAAAAGACGAGCUGGCCUUGCUGGUUGCCGAGAGAGUUGUUGUUUUCUUUAGAGACCAGAAGCUCUCUCCUCAAAAACAAUUGGAGCUCGGUGAGUACUGGGGACGUGUCGAGAAACACCCUCAAGCUUCUCAAGUCAAUGGCUUGCCUGGAAUCACUGUCAUCUGGCAGGAUUAUUUCCAAAAGUCGCUUGGAUCCAACUUCACCUACAAGAAUAUCAAUCUAGGUAACUGGGAUGCCACCAAGAACAGUACGAGGGGUGCCCAGGUUUGGCACACAGACCUCGUGCACGAAAAACGUCCUGCUGGUAUCACUCACCUGCACCUGGACGCAAUCCCAGAUGUUGGUGGUGACACUCUAUGGUCUUCAGGAUACGCGGCCUAUGACAAGCUUUCUGAAAACUUCAAGAAAUUCUUGGAUGGAAAGCAGGCCGUGUACGUUUCUGCGCAUGGAUACCUUGACAGAAAGAAUCCAUUUUCUGGCCCAAAAAAAAUCGAGCGUGUUCAUCCUUUGGUUAGAACUCACCCUGCAACAGGAUGGAAGGCACUGUACGUUAACCGUACUAUGACAAAGAGAAUUGUUGGGCUCUCGUCUGUUGAGUCUGAUUUGAUCCUCAACUAUCUCUUUGAUGUUUAUGAGAAGAAUGCCGACAUCCAGGUUCGGUUUAGAUGGACCCCAUCUAAGGAGGGUUACGGCACCUCUGCCAUCUGGGAUAACAGAGUGUCUCAGCACAGAUCGACUUGGGACCACGAAGGAAGACAGCCACGUCACGGAACCAGAGUCACCUCUCUUGCUGACUUGCCACACUUUGAUCCAGAGUCAAAGUCCCAAAGAGAAGCUCUCGGAUUGCCUCUGGACGAAAAAGACUUUUUCUAG